AUGGGGAACUGGGCUGUAAAUGAGGGACUAUCCAUUUUUGUCAUUCUAGUAUGGCUGGGGAUGAACGUGUUCCUCUUUGUCUGGUACUACCGGGUUUAUGAUCUUCCAGAUAAAUUCUUUUACACUCGAAAACUUCUUGGGUCUGCAUUGGCAUUGGCCAGGGCCCCUGCAGCCUGCUUGAAUUUCAACUGCAUGCUGAUCCUGCUGCCAGUUUGUCGAAAUCUGCUCUCCUUCCUCAGAGGCUCCAGUGCGUGCUGCUCAACAAGAAUUCGCAGACAAUUGGACAGGAACCUCACCUUUCACAAAAUGGUGGCCUGGAUGAUUGCUCUUCACACUGCUAUUCACACCAUUGCACAUCUAUUUAAUGUGGAGUUUUGUGUGAACGCUCGUGUCAACAAUUCUGAUCCUUAUUCAAUAGCACUCUCUGAUAUUGGUGAUAAGCCUAACGAAACUUAUCUCAAUUUUGCUCGACAGAGAAUCAAGAACCCUGAAGGAGGUCUGUAUGUGGCUUUUACUCUGUUGGCGGGCAUCACUGGAGUUGUCAUCACACUGUGCCUAAUAUUAAUUAUCACCUCCUCUACCAAAACCAUACGGAGAUCUUACUUUGAAGUGUUUUGGUACACACACCAUCUCUUUGUGAUCUUCUUCAUCGGUCUCGCCAUUCAUGGAGCUCAUCGGAUUGUGCGUGGACAGACGGAAGACAGUUUGAAGGAGCACAACCCACGCCAUUGUUCUCAAUAUAUCACAGAGUGGGGGAAAAGACCAGACUGCCCAAUUCCAGAAUUCUCUGGGAACCCUCCUAUGACUUGGAAAUGGAUCGUGGGUCCCAUGUUCCUGUAUCUCUGUGAGAGGUUGGUCAGGUUUUGGCGAUCUCAACAGAAGGUGGUCAUCACCAAGGUGGUCACUCACCCUUUCAAAACUAUUGAGCUGCAGAUGAAGAAGAAGGGAUUCAAGAUGGAGGUGGGACAAUACAUUUUUGUGAAGUGUCCCAAGGUGUCCAAUCUGGAGUGGCAUCCAUUCACACUGACAUCUGCCCCUGAGGAGGACUUCUUUAGCAUCCAUAUUCGCAUUGUUGGGGAUUGGACAGAGGGGCUGUUCAAUGCUUGUGGAUGUGAUAAGCAGGAGUUUCAAGAUGCCUGGAAACUACCCAAGAUAGCGGUUGACGGACCUUUUGGCACAGCCAGUGAAGAUGUGUUUAGCUAUGAGGUGGUGAUGUUAGUGGGAGCAGGGAUCGGAGUCACACCCUUUGCAUCCAUUCUCAAGUCAGUCUGGUACAAAUAUUGCAAUAAUGCCACCAAUCUGAGGCUCAAAAAGAUCUACUUCUACUGGCUGUGCCGGGACACACAUGCCUUUGAAUGGUUCGCAGACCUGCUGCAGCUACUGGAGGCACAGAUGCAGGAGAGAGACAAUGCUGGCUUCCUCAGCUACAACAUCUACCUCACCGGCUGGGAUGAAUCUCAGGCCAACCACUUUGCUGUGCAUCAUGAUGAGGAGAAAGAUGUGAUCACAGGCCUGAAACAGAAGACCUUGUAUGGCCGUCCGAACUGGGAUAAUGAGUUCAAGACAAUUGCGAGUCAGCACCCAAAUACCAGAAUUGGAGUUUUCCUCUGUGGACCUGAAGCCUUGGCUGAAACUCUCAGUAAACAGAGCAUUUCCAACUCCGAAUCUGGCCCUCGAGGAGUGCAUUUCAUUUUCAACAAGGAAAAUUUUUAA